AUGAGCGUCUUGUUGCUGGUCUUCAUCAUGGGGUUGAUGAUAGGAUUCUCCCUGGUGCUCUCCAAGGCCGUGUCGACCAUCGUGCUGGAGCCCGUGGAGAAGCUGCUGCUGGCCGUGCGCAACGUGGCGUCCAUGAUCUUCAAGUCCGUCACGGAGGUGGCGGCGAAGGUCGAGGACGACGGGCGCGACGAGGAAGAGGAG